AUGGCUCCCCCAGCAGGAGCUGCAACUCUUAUUUCUACUCAAGCCACUAUUCAACCAUCUGAUGAGCAAACUUUAAAGAGAUAUUAUAAAACUAAAAUCGAGGAAGCUACUCAAAAGGCUAUCGAGAAGGGUCAAAACGUCCGUCGUCUUCAAGCUCAAAGAAAUGAACUCAACUCUAAGGUAAGAUUGUUGAAGGAAGAACUCACUCAGCUUCACGAACAAGGCAGUUAUGUUGGUGAAGUGAGCAAAGCCAUGGACAAGAAGAAAGUUCUUGUGAAAGUCCACCCCGAAGGUAAAUUCGUUGUAGAUAUUGAUAAGGGUAUUGACAUCAAUGAAAUCAAAACUGGAUGUCGUGUGGCUUUACGUGCGGACAGUUAUGCUCUUCACAAAAUUCUUCCAAACAAAGUUGAUCCUCUCGUCUCUUUGAUGAUGGUCGAAAAGGUUCCUGACUCCACUUACGAAAUGAUCGGAGGUUUGGACAAGCAAAUCAAAGAAAUCAAGGAGGUUAUUGAACUCCCUGUCAAGCAUCCAGAAUUGUUCGAAGCUCUUGGUAUUGCUCAACCUAAAGGAGUUCUUUUGUACGGUCCCCCUGGAACUGGAAAAACUCUUUUGGCUCGUGCUGUCGCCCAUCAUACCGAAUGUACUUUCAUUCGCGUUUCCGGAUCCGAACUUGUACAGAAAUUUAUCGGAGAGGGAGCUAGAAUGGUUCGCGAACUCUUCGUAAUGGCCAGAGAACAUGCCCCAUCUAUUAUUUUCAUGGACGAAAUUGAUUCCAUCGGAUCUUCUCGUGUUGAAGGAAGCAGUGGUGGAGAUUCUGAAGUGCAAAGAACUAUGCUCGAAUUGCUCAAUCAAUUGGACGGUUUUGAAGCCACAAAAAGCAUUAAGGUUAUUAUGGCUACUAACAGAAUUGAUAUCUUGGACCCUGCCCUUCUUAGACCUGGUAGAAUCGACAGAAAGAUCGAAUUUCCUGCACCUGACGAGAAAGCUCGUGCAGAUAUCCUGAAAAUUCACUCUAGAAAAAUGAAUUUAAUGCGAGGUAUUAACAUGAGAAAGAUCGCUGAAGCUAUUCCUGGAGCCAGUGGAGCUGAAGUUAAGGCUGUAUGUACAGAAGCGGGUAUGUUUGCCCUUAGAGAAAGGCGAAUCCACGUCACUCAGGAAGAUUUCGAAAUGGCCGUCGGAAAGGUUAUGCAGAAGGAUUCCGAAAAGAACAUGUCUAUCAAGAAGUUGUGGAAAUAA